AUGUGUCCUGUUCCAUUCAGCAUAGAAGCACAAUCGGUUAACACUCGAAUAUCUAGUUAUUCGGUUCAAUGGAUAUGGAGUCAACCGAACAAUACACUUUAUCUUCUAUCGUUCCAGUCAGUUGCACCAGUUGGUGUCGAUUUUCGCGUUCGAUACUGCUGCCCAGCAGGUUCAUUCGUUACCCCAAUAACAACUACUACACCUAUGCCUUUUGAUAGUAUUACUUGUGGUAAACAAGCAAUUGCUCCACGAUUAAACUUAAUGAAUCGAAUCUUUGGUGGAACGGAUGCCAUCCCCAAUUCUUGGCCUUGGAUGAUUUACUAUCAAGAGGAGAAAUUAUGUGGAACCAAUUUGUGUUAUGGUGUAUGUGGUGGCACUUUAAUUAGCGGAGAUUAUGUGCUCACAGCCGCUCACUGCAUUGGAACAAACAAUCCAUCAAAUAUUAUCUUGACUGCCGGUAUGCAUAAUCUACUAUCGACUACAGAGACGAGCAUGCGACAAGUCAGCACUGUUCGAGCAAUCUAUAUUCAUCCGCAAUACGAUCCAACAUUAUUUAUCAACGACAUUGCUGUACUACAUGUGACUACACCAUUCACAUUCACUCAGUAUGUUCAACCGGCAUGUUUGCCUGGUGCUGAACCACAACCCGAUGACCAAGUAGUUAUCGCUGGAUGGGGUACCCGAAUCUUCGCUGGUGUACUCAAUGAUAUACUGCAGCAAACCUAUACGAAGAUCGUUGGUAUGUGCGAGAGAUGGUGGUCAUUUGUAGAUAGCUCUCGACAGAUAUGUGUUGCUGAUCGGAUCAAUGGCAGUUCGGCAUGUCAAGGUGACAGUGGUGGGCCCAUUCUAUCUCAAUAUCAAGGGCAAUAUGUCGUCUCGGGUAUAGCUAGUUAUACACGCGAUUGUAACACAGCUGGUGCUGAAAAUCCACCUAAUGUUUAUACACGUGUAGCAGCCUACAAGACCUGGAUUAAAGGCAUCACUGGGUGA